UGAUCCGGAAAAAGGAGGGAGCACAUGCAAAUAAAAGAAGGAAUUGGAGCGAACUGAAAAUAGAACCAAAUUAAAGCUGUGACAGCUCGAUUCGCGUAAACCCUCCCCAGUCUCCGCCAAAACUCUUCCGUGACAGAGUGGGCCGACGGAAAAGGGAGCUGCUCGCGGCUCACCGCCCCCACUCAACUGCGGGGCGCCGUUGCCACACCAAACUAUAGCGGUUUAGCGGGGCAAAAACGCCCUGCUUAGAGGGCGAGAGUUGAAACGAAGCUUCUCCGCGGAAGAAGAAGAUGUCAGACCUAGACAGACAAAUAGAGCAGCUUAAGAGAUGCGAGCCGUUGAAGGAGUCCGAAGUGAAGUCUCUUUGUCUCAAGGCUAUGGAAAUCCUCGUUGAAGAAAGCAACGUUCAGAGAGUCGACGCCCCUGUCACUAUUUGUGGUGAUAUCCAUGGACAGUUUUAUGACAUGAAAGAGCUUUUCAAAGUCGGCGGAGAUUGUCCAAAGACCAAUUAUUUGUUUCUAGGAGACUUUGUUGAUAGAGGAUUUUACUCUGUGGAGACCUUUCUGCUUAUGCUUGCUCUUAAGGUGAGAUAUCCAGAUCGCAUAACAUUAAUCAGAGGUAACCAUGAGAGCCGCCAGAUUACACAGGUAUAUGGAUUCUAUGAUGAAUGCCUGCGGAAAUAUGGCUCUGUGAACGUGUGGAGAUAUUGCACAGAUGUAUUUGACUAUUUAAGCUUGUCAGCUCUAAUUGAGAACAAAGUAUUUUGUGUUCAUGGUGGUCUGUCUCCUAAUAUAAAUACAAUAGACCAGAUUCGAACAAUUGAUCGAAAACAAGAAGUGCCACAUGAUGGUCCCAUGUGUGACCUGCUAUGGUCUGAUCCAGAAGACAUCGUUGAUGGUUGGGGUUUGAGUCCUCGAGGUGCAGGUUUCCUGUUUGGGGGCGGUGUUGUCUCAACAUUCAACCACACAAACAACAUAGACUACAUAUGCCGUGCUCAUCAGUUGGUAAUGGAAGGAUAUAAGUGGAUGUUUAGUCAUCAGAUAGUUACUGUUUGGUCUGCUCCGAACUACUGCUAUAGAUGUGGGAAUGUUGCAGCAAUCCUUGAGCUUGAUGAGAAUCUAAACAAGCAGUUUCGUGUGUUUGAAGCAGCUCCCCAGCAAGAAACAAGAGGGCCUCCUGCGAAGAAACCCCCACCUGACUACUUUCUGUAGAUCCUGGACUUCUCUGUUAUAUACCAUCAAAAUCAUGAUUGACCUGUUUGACUUGGUGGGCUUUGUAUGACCACGAGAUGAUUAGGUGAAUUACUUGUGAUACCUGUUUCGACUGUAGAGAGGGGGCAUCUACAACCAGCUGCCCUGUGAUGAGCAUCUUGCAUAGAAUCUUUUUUCCUUUUUAACCUGAUUCCUUAACGAAGUUGCAGUUACAGUUAUGUAAGGUACUAUUUGUGUGGUUUUACAUACAAAGUACAGCAUUGUUCCCCAUCAAAUACAGAAGAUAAAUUUUGGUCAAUCUGAUUGUAAGAACAAGACCCUAUGAGUGUAUAACGGGACACAUUAAUGUCCUCGCAUUAGGGAAUGUUGAAAUAAAAUCACGUAGUUGUGGUUCUUAUUAAAGUGUCUCACAAGUACUCCGUGACUUUAUUUUCACAUUUGUUAGUAUGAGAACAUUAAAGUGAGCUUACGUGGUCUCUUUAGAACUAUUGUUGUAAGAAUAGCUAUAUUCAAGUUUGGUAGCAUGCUUUCAUUUGGUAUGCUGUGCGCUGAUAGUGCCUAGUGCCUACUAACUACUUAGUUCUUAUAAUCAGCUUUAUGGAGUUCACACUUCAGUCUCUUAU